AUGGCAGAAGCGGAAUUGAAGCAGUUCUUCACCUCGGGGGACAAGGGCCUUGAGCCCGAUGUUCUCUCCGAACUACAGUCGAUAUUACGCCUGCACGAGCUGUCCGCGGAGGACCUCUUCUACAAAUGGGAGUCCUUCUGCAUCAAGAUGGACAUGGACGCCAUGAACCCCGACAUCAUGCACGUGCGAAACUUCAAAAAGGACAUUCAGGACGCAUUGGAAAAAAGCAAUCGACAGCAGACGCACAUAAAGACCGAGAAGCGCAGUCAUGGCACCCCCCGAGCCGGCAGGGGCGGCGGCGACGUCUUUGGCAUGCUGGACGGACUGGUGCCCAGCACGCCGGGGUCAGGGAAGCUGAACAAGCCAAGCAGUCUGCGGAAGAAGACACAUCAGACGCCGACAAUGUCACGGGUCAAGGCCGAAAUUCCCUCGAGUUCGCCAGACUAUAAGGGGGCUUCCAAGAUGGAUGAGCAAUUGAACGCAAUACCGAGCUCCUUCAACGAUCGACAGAAUGCCGGCGAGACUGUCGAAGUGCUCAACGACCACCUCGACGCUCCCGAACCCCCAAUUUGCCCGUACUCGGAACCCCGCAUCAAGUUGACGGCGGCAUCAGACCAAAAGAAGUUGACGUACAAGCCUCUCGCGAUGAAGCUGUCAGAGGCGUCCGAGAUCCUCGACGACAGGAUAGACGAGUUCAUGCACAUCAUCCAAGGACACCACAAGCUCGAUUUCUCAGACUUUGGCAAUGCGGCAAGCCAAAGCACAACGGAGGUGAUUGCCGUCGGACGCAUCGCUUCAGACGCGCCAGAGGGCAAAUUGAACGCAGCGUCACUUGUGCUGGAGAUGUCGAGACGUGUGGGCGGAGGUCUGCGGGCACCCCUGAACAUGCGGAACAAGGGGUACAGCUUCUUCCCUGGCCAGAUUGUGGCCCUCAAGGGCAUCAACACCUCGGGCAACGAGUUUGUCGUGGAGGAGGUGCUCGAAGUCCCUCUGUUGCCGAACGCAGCUUCGACGCCGGCCGCAUUGGCUGCCCACCGCGAGAAACUGCGAGGCGACCCCGACGCCAUGGACACCGACUCGGACCCUGCGCCCCUCAACAUCCUCUACGCUUCUGGGCCGUACACUGCGGACGACAACCUGGACUUUGAACCACUGCAUGCUCUGUGCGACCAAGCCGCCGACACAUACGCGGAUGCGCUUGUGCUGACGGGCCCGUUCAUCGAUAGCGAGCACCCAAUGAUUGCCACUGGCGACUUUGAUCUCCCCGAGGAAGCCGUCAUCGAGCCAGAUGCGGCCACGAUGUCGACAGUCUUCAAGUACCUGUUCUCCCCGGCCCUGAACCGUCUCGUGUCGGCGAAUCCUAGUAUCACCAUUCUCCUCGUGCCAUCGGUACGCGACGUCAUUGACAAGCACGUCUCCUGGCCCCAGGACUCAGUUUUGAAAAAGGAACUCGGUCUCCCCAAGACGGCAAAAAUCGUCACCAACCCCAUGACACUGUCCAUCAACGAGAUGGUGAUGGGUAUCUCUUCGCAGGAUAUCCUCUGGCAGCUGCGGCACGAGGAGCUCGUCAGCGGCCGUCCAUCGGAUCCUUCCUUGCUGUCGAGGCUUAGCAGAUACCUGCUGGAGCAAAGGCACUUCUUCCCCUUGUUCCCGCCUACGGAUCGCCAGAAGCUACCCAAGACUGGCACCGAGGAGGGUAUCCCGCCGGGUGCCAUGCUGGAUCUCAGUUACCUGAAGCUGGGCGAGAUGGUCAAUGUUCGCCCCGAUGUGCUGGUGGCGCCCAGUUUUCUGCCUCCGUUUGCCAAGGUUGUCGAGAGUGUCCUCGUGAUCAACCCGGGCUACCUAUCAAAGAGACGCGGCGCCGGCACAUACGCCCGACUGACGCUCUUCCCUCCCAAGGUCGACGCGGGCCAGUCAGGGGCAAUGGUCAGCCAUGGCGUGUUUGAGCGCGCUCGGGUAGAAAUCAAGAAGAUUUGA